GAAUCAAUAAUAUAUUUAUAUAUACAGAUCUUGUUGAGAAGAAUCAAAGAAGAAGACAAUGACGAAUUCAGAGAGCCCAUUGAUUGUAGCUUUUGGAGAGAUGCUCAUCGACUUUGUGCCCGACACUGCAGGAGUUUCGCUGGCUGAGUCCACGGGCUUCCUCAAGGCCCCCGGUGGUGCGCCUGCCAAUGUGGCUUGUGCCAUCACCAAGCUUGGUGGCAAAUCGGCUUUCAUUGGAAAGGUUGGAGAUGACGAGUUCGGGCACAUGCUGAUCAACAUACUGAAGAAGAAUGGGGUGAACGCUGAGGGAGUGUGCGUGGAUACGCAUGCUAGGACGGCGUUGGCGUUUGUGACCUUAAGGAAGGACGGUGAAAGAGAGUUCAUGUUCUACAGGAACCCUAGUGCUGACAUGUUGCUAAAGGAUUCAGAGCUGAACAUGCCUCUUAUUAAGCAAGCUAAGAUAUUCCACUACGGAUCCAUUAGCCUCAUCUCCGAGCCAUGCAGAUCGGCUCAUAUGGCAGCCAUGAAAGCCGCUAAGGAUGCCGGUAUUAUGCUUUCCUAUGAUCCCAAUGUUAGGCUGCCUCUCUGGCCCUCUGCUGAUGCUGCUAGGGAGGGGAUCAAGAGCAUAUGGAAUCAGGCUGAUUUCAUCAAGGUGAGCGACGACGAGGUGCAAUUCCUGACGCAAGGAGAUGCAGAAAAAGAUGAUGUGGUUCUGUCCCUAUGGCAUGACAACCUCAAACUGCUUGUGGUCACUGAUGGUGAGAAGGGCUGCAGAUAUUACACUAAGAAAUUUAAAGGAAAGGUGACUGGCUUCUCUGUUAAAGCUGUCGACACAACUGGUGCUGGUGAUGCAUUUGUUGGCUCAUUUUUGCUUUCCAUGGCCAAAGAUAACUCCAUCUUUGAGGAUGAAACAAAAUUGAAGGAUGCUCUGUCUUUUUCAAAUGCUUGUGGAGCAAUCUGUACUACUCAGAAGGGUGCAAUUCCAGCUCUUCCAACCCAGUCUGCUGCUCUUGAACUCAUUUCCAAGUCCAAAUCCAAGUAG